ACGAGCAUCGCUGCCAUCUCGCGGCGAUAUAUUGCAAUGACACCGAUGAUGGCGCAAACAACUAGACACACCUGUUGAUUUGUGAAGCUGUCGGCAGAGCUACGAACUGUGGUCCUAUGUCGUACAUUUGACAGUGUUCGUCAACAAUGACAGAGAACGGGGUGGUGAAAGCUGGCUUUCACAUAAGGAUACUGUUAAAGAGGCAAGAGACUUUCACACCAAGUAAUGCACACUGAUUGAAGUGUCAUUCCACCUGUGCACGGAGACGCAAGGUGAAAUUUCCACUGGGAACAGUUAUUCUCUAAAAUCCACCCGUUAUGUCAUCAGGAAUGAAAUGUCGCAAAUAAGUCAGACCACACCAACAAAUCUGACUGAAGCCCACCCUGUGACAAAUUUGACUUUAGUGGUCCUUCUGCUCAUUCCCUGCGUGGUUAUUCUGCUUCUGCUGAACUGCUUCUUCCUGGGUUACAAGAUACUGGCCCUGUCAAAGAAGAACAACAGACUGAAGAGAGAGGACACGGAGGAAAUGCUCCUGCGGUCCACCCUGCCGAGAAUAAGGGUGUGUGAUGCGGCCUUUUCCCCACUUCAGGACGGGGGGAGAGCCUACAUGUCUCUAUCGGAGCCCGUCCUGCCGCACCCAGUCACAUCCUCCAGGGCGUCAUCCAGAGAGAGAGCCGGGGUGAAUCACAGGAACCGGCUGCUGAGGCCCGAUGGUGCAACCGGCUCAGGGUCCCUGAGGGCGCCAAGCACUAUCAGGGCCGCUUCCUCUGCGGCUGGUUUUACGCCAAGAAACGAGUUUCCUCUCGGGUCACGGAACUACAGCAUCAGUAAAGCUUUCUGGUGUAGAAGUGCUCCAGUUUUACCGCAGUCCAGUGAUUCAGAGGUGGAAACCAGAGUGAAUCUGGUACCACCAAACUCUCCCAUGCAGGAGACAGAAUACAUGGGUCACCUUCGUCGGAGCAGUACUCAUGAGAGGCUGGCAGAAGUGAACCAAGGUGCUGCUGUGCAUCCGUUUGACAAAGUUGCGAUGGAGUGUGAGUACAUGAAUCCACCUUCAGAGCCAUCUUGCCUAAACAUAUCUGCAGUGGGUCCUGGACUGGACAGCGACUUUGGAGCAAGUGCAGGUGUCUCCCUGCGGAUCCUGUCAGCAGACAGUGAUGGACUGUCCAACGGAGUGCUGACUUCAGCUCUGGAGUGGGAUUAUUACGACCCCUGCUACGUCAAACAGAAUAAUAUACCCAAACAUAAUCACAGACCUGCAAUGCACACAAAACAAUACUGGGUUUGAUUUACAGUUUUUAAUGUUAUUUUAACUUUAUUUAAAUAGUAUACCGGUAUGCAUGUUUUCCUUUUUAGACAGUUCUUAUUUGUGUCACAAACAAACACUCUGUCUGCACAUUUAUUUGAACUUUAUUGUCAUUUUGUAGCCAACACUGUCAGUGACUUUGUUCAUAUUUUAGAUUUAAUCUGCACCUUCACUUCAGUGAUUGUCAAAUGAUUUCUGGGCACAUUUUUCACUGUUAACUUUAUAUGUAGUCAUCACUUUAUUUUGAAUGGUUGUUCCGCAAGUUUUUGAGUUUCACAUUCGCAUUCAUAAAAAUGUAUUUCAC